CCAGCUAGCCAAACGAAAUUACCGGAAUUGUUAAACGAGGAGGGGAGAAGUGGAAGCAGAGAGGUGCGCCAUCUGCCGGAGCUCGCCAAUUACAACGUGAUAAUGACGAGUAAUUGGGCUUCGCGUAACAGGGGGCCAUUCACACGCGAGUACACGGACGACUGCGUGUUCAACGAGACGCUGGAGCAGCACAAUUACAACACGUACAGCUCGGCGAAGUGGUCGACGGUGAGGAAGACGUUGUACCUCGGCUUGAAUCGCCGGGGCCAGCCGAGGAGGGUGCAGGCCAAGGGUCACAACUUGGGCAGGCUGUCGGCGUACGCGCGAGUACUCACACAGGUCGCCCCGUCGGAGCGAGUGGAGGCGUUGCAGAGACGGCUGCUGGGGGCGCAGCACAAUGUCCGCCACCGGCACAACAGCCACCGCGGCGACCUGAUCCAGCAGUCGCUCUGCCCCAGCCUGCCGGCGCAGGAGAAGGACGGCAGAGAUAAGUUCAGGUGUCGCAAGCGGAAGAAGAGGAAGAAGAGGAGGCGAAAGUGCAGGCCGGGUGAGAAGCCGGGCCCGCAGUGUCAAACGACGGAGGAGAACGCGACAGCCCCGGCUAGAAACGAGGGUCUGGCUUCGAACGGGACUCGGUUAGAGACGAAGAGGUCCUGCGAGGGCGCGGCGAGCGACGAAGCUUGCCGAAGAGAGGCGCUCUCGGUUCCGUCAAAGAAACGGAAGCUUCGGGUCGAACAGACGGCGGCGGAAGAAGAACGACGACGAGGAAGAGGAGGAGUAGAAGGAGGAGGGGGGAGCAAGAACGUAACCGUGGCCAGAAACGUCACCGGGGGGAAAAAAAAC